UUAAAUACAGUUUAGAGCUGCUGGAUGCUUUGAAGUUUUUUUUUAUUUUUUGUUUUUUCUCUUUUAGAGCAAGAUCAUAAUAUAGUAACAGUGUGUACUUGGAAUAUUUAUUUUAAUUUUCUAGAAUUAUAUAUGUUUGUAAUAUUCAAGUAUAUAUAUAUACACACACACACAACACACAAAACAAGGCCAACCAGAGAAAGCCACAUAGAAGUAGAAGAGAGCAUCAGCCAACUUCUUCUGAGAGUGUUUUUCUGAGGUCCUUGUCUGCUUUACUCAAUGGAUUUAGUUGGAGCACUGAAGCUGUUUGGCUUUUUGGUUCUGUGGCUCUUCAACUUUCUCUCUUCUUCACAAGGGAAGGAGAAUAUCUAUGAAUUUAGAUACCCAUUUAUCAAACGUGCAAGCUCUUUCUCAUCAUCUUCAUCAUCAUUUUCAUCAAAAGGAAGUAACAAUGGCUUUGAUUACAUAAUAGUGGGAGGUGGCACAGCUGGAUGUCCCUUGGCUGCCACACUCUCAAAGAAUUACAGUGUUCUUGUGCUUGAAAGAGGAGGUGUUCCUUUCUCCAAUGCAAAUGUUUCGUUCUUGAAGAACUUCCACAUUACAUUGGCUGAUACCUCACCUACUUCUGCUUCCCAAGCUUUCAUUUCCACCGAUGGAGUACUUAAUGCUAGGGCUAGGGUUUUGGGUGGUGGUACUUGCAUCAAUGCUGGUUUCUAUACUAGAGCAAGCACAAGGUUCAUAAAGAGUGUGGGUUGGGACGCCAAGAUAGUAAAUGAGUCAUAUCCAUGGGUUGAAAAGCAAAUUGUUCACAGGCCAAAUCCUGCACCAUGGCAAACUGCUUUUAGAGACAGCCUUUUGGAUGUUGGGGUGUCACCUUUCAAUGGAUUCACCUAUGAUCACAUCUAUGGAACCAAGGUUGGUGGAACCAUUUUCGAUAGGUUUGGCCGGCGCCAUACUGCUGCUGAACUUCUAGCUUCUGGAAACCCUCAGAAGCUCACUGUGCUUCUCCAUGCCACCGUCCAAAAAGUGGUUUUUGACACAUCAAGGAAGAGACCAAAGGCAGUGGGAGUCAUAUUCAAAGACGAGAAUGGGAAUCUGCAUCAGGCAAUUCUUGCAGAUAAACCACGAAGUGAAGUAAUAUUGUCUUGUGGAGCUAUUGGGACUCCUCAAAUGCUAAUGCUUAGUGGCAUUGGACCAAAAGCUCAUCUCCGGAAGAUGAACAUUUCAGUGGUUCUGGAGAAUGAAUUUGUUGGGAAAGGCAUGGCCGAUAAUCCCAUGAAUACAAUCUUUGUUCCUAGCAAUAGACCAGUGGAGCAGACAUUGAUACAAACUGUUGGAAUAACCAAGAUGGGUGUCUACAUUGAAGGUAGCAGUGGAUUUGGACAGUCCAAGGAUAGUAUUCAAUGCCACCAUGGAAUCAUGUCAGCUGAGAUUGGGCAGCUCUCUACAAUUCCUCCAAAACAAAGAACACCAGAAGCCGUUCAAGCUUACAUCAGACGCAAACGAUAUUUGCCUCAUGAAGCAUUCAAAGGAGGCUUCAUUCUCGAAAAAAUUGCUAACCCAAUUUCAACAGGCCAUCUCAGCUUGAUCAACACCAACGUGGAUGACAACCCCGAGGUCACAUUCAACUACUUUGCUCAUCCGUAUGAUCUUCAACGCUGCGUUGAUGGGAUUCGCAUGGCCACCAAAGUAGUGCAGUCCCAACACUUCACCAACUACACACAGUGUGACAAACAAACAGUAGAGAAGUUGCUCAACAUGAGUGUGGAGGCAAAUGUUAACCUUAUACCCAAACAUACCAAUGACACCAAAUCACUAGAACAAUUUUGCAAAGACACUGUGAUCACAAUCUGGCACUACCAUGGAGGUUGUCAUGUAGGGAAGGUGGUUGACCAUGACUACAAGGUUCUUGGUGUGAAAAGGCUCAGAGUUGUUGAUGGCUCGACUUUCAAUGAAUCCCCGGGGACUAAUCCUCAAGCCACUGUCAUGAUGAUGGGAAGGUAUAUGGGAGUGAAGAUCUUGAGAGACAGAUUGGGAAGAGAAGCUGGUAUAUAAGGAAGAAGGUGGUAUGAUAGGCAUGCAGGAUAUAUAUAAUUAAGGAUUGGUAGUUGAUUUUGUGGAAACGUAAUUUAGUUUAAUUAUUAUAAUUCUUAGCAAGCAACUAUAUAUGUAAAAUUAUAGGCUUGCCACUGUGGAAAAAUAUGUUUUCCGUUUUGUUUUUAAUUAAUGUUACUAUAGUUUCCUUGA